GUUCAUCCAUGUCUCAAAUAUGGAAAAUCCAACCCAACUUUACAUUCCCCUCCAUCUCACUAAUAUCCCCAUUUUCACCAUUUAUCUCUCUCUACCUCAUUUGGAAGAGGGGAUUCUUUUUCAUAUAUCUCCUGCAACAAACAUAAACAACGUUAAACAUGGUUGGUACACUUGGGUUGUUUAAUUUCCGUGGUAAGAAUGAGAAGAGACGUAGCAAAAGUAUGAGCGUCGGGAAUGGUAGUGUAUUAGAAGGGUCAGCGGCUGGGAAUGAAGAGGCUGCAGCUGGAACUCAGGGAUCGGAUCAUCCGAGUGAUCUACCUGAAUCCGAUCAAAACGAGAAGCUGAGGCAGGUCAUGGAUGAUUUGGCUGCUACCUUCCAAGCCAGAGAAAAGCAGCUAUUAACUGAUAUGGAGCAGAUGAAGGAAAAGUUUGCUAAAUUACUGUUAGGAGAGGAUAUGUCAGGUGGAGGAAAGGGGGUUUCAUCAGCUUUAGCACUGUCAAAUGCCAUUACAAACCUUGCUGCUUCUGUGUUUGGUGAACAAUCACGCUUAGAGCCUAUGACAGCUGAAAGGAAAUCAAGGUGGAGAAAAGAAAUAGAUUGGCUCUUGUCUGUGAGUGAUUGCAUUGUUGAAUUUGUUCCUUCUCAACAAAAAGCCAAGGAUGGAUCAAACAUGGAGAUAAUGGUGACAAAGCAACGAUUUGAUCUUCUAAUGAACAUUCCAGCCCUCCGAACACUUGAUACAAUGCUUCUUGAUUGUCUGGAUUCAUUCAAAGACCAAGACGAGUUCUAUUAUUUGUCAAAGGAUGCGACAGAUGAAGAGAAAGGGAACAGCAAAAGAAAAGAUGACAAAUGGUGGCUGCCUACUGUUAAAGUUCCGGAACAAGGUUUGUCAGAUGCAGCAAAAAAGAACCUGCAGAGCCAAAGGGAAGCCAUGACUCAAGUGCUUAAAGCAGCAAUGUCUAUUAAUGCUCAAGUUCUGACAGAGAUGGAGAUCCCUGAAAACUACCUUGACUCCCUCCCAAAGAAUGGGAGAGCUAGUCUUGGUGAUUCAACCUAUAGGAGUAUCACAGUAGAAUUCUUUGACCCUAAUCAAUUUCUCGCAACUACGGAUUUAUCAAGCGAGCACAAGAUAUUAGACCUGAAGAAUAGAAUAGAGGCAUCAAUUGUGAUAUGGAAGAGGAAGAUGCACCAAAAGGAUGGGAAAUCAGCUUGGAGCUCUGCUGUUAGCUAUGAAAAAAGAGAACUGUUUGAGGAUAGAGCUGAGACCAUCUUACGCAUUCUGAAACAUCAGUACCCCGGCAUUCCUCAAUCUUCACUUGACAUCAGCAAAAUCCAAUACAACCGGGAUGUAGGACAAGCUCUCUUAGAGAGCUAUUCAAGGAUACUGGAAAGCUUGGCCUUUACAGUGUUGUCCAGGAUAGGAGAUGUGCUCUAUGCUGAUUCUGUUGCUCGAAACCCGAGUCAAGCAACAUCCAAGAGCCCGGCAAAUCAGAGUUCAGGAAAUGACAAUGAAAAAUCGAAUUUGAUGACCCUCUCAGACUUACUUACUUGGAGUGGAGACCUACUCGACAAUGACUUUGAGGACAGCAAAGAUUGCAAAGAUGACUUAUCCAAAGAUAUGGAUGAAAAGAACCUAAACGUAGCGACUAGCAAGGUUUCGUAUGUUGAAUCCUUGGGUGGAGUAAGAAGCCCAAAAGAACGCCAUUAAUGAAAGCAGUUGGAGAGAUAGACAACUAUAUGUAUGUAUGUAUGUAUCAUAUUUCAACGUAGAUAUUGGAUUACUCUUGUUGACUUGUAGGCUGCUAGCUACAUUCAGUAUUUUCACAUGGCUUCCUUUCUGUAAAUAGGGAAGGAAACUAAUACUAUGAAGCUUAAAGCUUUCCAUGUAUGCUGUCAUUAAAAUACCAAGAAAAGAAAUUGUAGUUUGGUAGCCAUUUAAUAUGAUUUUAUUUUUAGAAA